GGUGCGGCGGGAAGGAGCGCGGGGCCGAGCGGAGCGCGCACCUUCGCCAGCAGCUCUCUGCACCCGGCUCCCUUCGGCGGUCCCAGGUUAGUGUGACCUUAACUCAAGGAAAAAGUGGGAUAUCAUGGCAUCUAUCUGGGUUGGACACCGAGGAACAAUAAGAGAUUAUCCCGGCUUUAGCCCAUCUGCAGAUGCUGAAGCUUUUCGUAAGGCAAUCAGAGGAAUUGGAACUGAUGAGAAAACACUCAUCAGCAUUCACGAGAGAUCAAAUGCACAGCGGCAGCUGAUUGUCAAGGAAUAUCAAGCAGCAUAUGAAAAGGAGCUGAAAGAUGACUUGAAGGGUGAUCUCUCUGGCCACUUUAAGCAUGUCAUGAUGGCUCUUGUGACUCCACCAGCUGUGUUUGAUGCGAAGCAGCUGAAGAAAUCCAUGAAGGGCACUGGAACAGAUGAAGAUGCUUUGAUUGAAAUCUUAACUACCAGGACAAGUAGACAAAUAAAAGAGAUCUCUCAAGCUUAUUACACAGUAUAUAAGAAGAGCCUUGGAGAUGAUAUUAGUUCUGAAACAUCUGGUGACUUCCGGAAAGCUCUGCUGACUUUGGCAGAUGGUAGAAGAGAUGAAAGUCUGAAGGUAGAUGAACAUCUGGCCAAAAAAGAUGCCCAGAUUCUCUAUAAUGCUGGUGAGAACAAAUGGGGAACGGAUGAAGAUAAAUUCACUGAAAUUCUGUGUUUAAGGAUUCCUCAACUGAAACUAACAUUUGAUGAAUACAGAAAUAUUAGCCAGAAGGACAUCGAGGACAGCAUUAAAGGAGAGUUGUCUGGGCAUUUUGAAGACUUAUUGCUGGCCAUAGUUCAUUGUGUGAGGAAUACUCCUGCCUUUUUAGCUGAAAGACUGCAUCAGUCUUUGAAGGGUGCUGGAACUGAUGAAUUUACUCUGAACCGAAUCAUGGUUUCCAGGUCAGAAAUUGACCUUUUGGACAUUCGACACGAAUUCAAGAAGCAUUGUGGCUAUUCCCUGUAUUCAGCAAUUAAAUCAGACACUUCUGGAGACUAUGGAAUCACGCUCUUAAAGAUCUGUGGUGGAGAUGAUUAAGUGAAGAAGACUCUCCCAAGGCUGCUGGCUUCUGUGAAGAGCUUUGCUAACAAUUCCAUUUGCUUCUUUUUCAUAGUAUUUAAAAGUACAAGCAAGUGUAAAAUAGCAACUUGUUUGCCUAACAGAUAUUUUCAUUGUUCCAUAACAACAACAAAGCAAAAGUGAUUAUUUUAGAACAGCUUAUUCCUAUUGUAGGAGCUUAUAAAUGAAAUUUAAAAUAGGAUCUGCUAACAUUAUCCAAAUGAUGUUUCUAGUUAGGAAGUCAGAAUCUGUAUAAUAAAAAUUGUUGCCUUUGUUAAACGUAAUUUGUCUGCUUGUUUUUAGAGUCAUCCAACCUUCAUGUUGCCAGUGUCAACAACUAAUGAUAUUUUACAGCAGGUAUUUGUUAU